ACUACCUUGCCGCCGAUGGCUUGCACCCUUUGAGGAAGGGAAGACAAGACUAGCCAAUCUUCAGCUUUCUCGGUUUGGAAAGCCGGAAUUUUUCUUUGGCCUUUGGUACUUCCCUAUGACGCACUUGAAUACUUCACAGGUGCUACGCAAUGUCGCGUCACUCUCUUGGUUGCUUGUGAAACAACCUGCUUCCUUCCCGGCCAUGCUAUAAUAAACGUCACUCAGCAACCUGGUCUAUCACAACCAACACCGUGAUUUUUGAAACUCUUUCUCUUUCAGUACCAAAGUUGUCACAGCAAUUCGAUACCCCAAAACUCGUUUCCCUUUUUGUGAUACCCGAAACUUCAAGCGCAUUUACCUGCAAGGGCUCGUAAUCAGCACCACCAUAACAACCAGCCACCAAUCCAUCGCCCAAAACACACAAACCACCGGAAACUCAGAAUGGCAGCGAACGUCAACAAACCAACAGACAUCAAGAAGAGGGAAGCCGAUGUCAACCGUAAGCUUCAGAUUUACGGAAUCAUCAGCGCCUUCCAGUCUGGCAAAGUUCCAUCGAACGAUCAAAUCGAUGUAGCCCUCAACAGCUUCCUUGAGUCCCGGGCGCUCUCCAGCCCUCCUCAGAGGCUGUCUUCUGAGGGACAGACACUUGUUGCCGACGUCAAGGAGGUGGUGACUCAGGCUAAGCAUCUCCUGCUAUCCAAGAAUGAUGGCAACCUGCUGCAGGACUUCAUCUGGCAGACCCAGCAGUUUGACCCCAAGGCUGUCUCGACUCCUGGUGCUCCCGUCAACAAGGAGCAGGCGCAGCAGCACCGCGACCAGGCUCUGGAUGGACUCCGUACGCUGGGCACUCUGAUCAUUUCCAACGGGCAAUUCCGAAAGCUGCUCAAGGAUGCAACCAUCCUCCUCCGGGAUAUAGCUGCCGACGCCGCGACCAACGCGGCUGGACGCGUCAGGCCGAAGCCGGAAGAUCUCGAGCAGAUUGACCUUCCCGCCCAGGACAACACUUGGCAUGAUGCUCCUGACCUCUCGAAGGAGUCGAUGAAGGACAAGUUCCACGACUACUACAAGAGCAACCCGAAGGAGGACGUGAAGGCUGCUGGUACCGAAGGGGCGUCGACUGCACACCCCGCGGGUUCAUCGGAUCCCAGGGAUCUGGCGUCUACUGCAGCCCGCGAUAACCAGACUGGUGCAUCCUCGGGGGUUGAUGCUCUCGGAGGUGCUGUGGCUGCCAAGGACGCUGUGAAGGGUAACGUGAAGGAGAACGUUGACGACGACACCAAGGAAAAAGCUCGGGCUAGGCGCGAUGAGUAUCGAGAGCGAGUGAAGAAUUACUUCAACCGCAGGGUUCCCCAAGAACGCCGUGACCAGGCCGUCUGGCGCCUCAAGAAAAUGGUUCUCGAGUGCCAGCAACACCCUGACUAUCACCAGGCGGUCCAGACCCUCCUGGACCUCGCCGAGGAGUACGGUGACCACGCAAACCGGCUGGCCAGAGGCGGCACGGGUACAGUUAAGGAGGCUCGUUCUGGUCUGGCGCAGGCCGAGUCCGAUCUCAAAACCUUGAUUGAGCGCUUUGCGAAUGGUACCUCCACUGAUGACCUGUGGGACUCUAUCCACACCAUUUACGAUGAUGCGGACCGUGACCCUCAGCUCAAGAACUGGUUCAAGGCGCUCAACCAGUACAUCCGCCGUUGCCUGCAGGAGCAGGGGUACAUCCUGGACGACGAGUCUGACGCCCAGUGGAACCGUCUGUACGAAGAAGGCAACUACCUUCUCCGCGACAAGUAUCGUGGCCACACCGACCGUGUCGUCGACGAGAUUAAGUUCUUGGCCGAUCAGUUCGACCAAGAUCCGCAAAACAAGGCCUUCGCCGCCUCCCUGACCAAGCUGUUCAACGACCUCGGCAACGACGAGAACGGGAAACCGACCUUCAAGCCCCAUCUCAUCAAAGACCUGACGGAUGUGAUUCUGCCCGCAGUUUUCGAGAACGUGGCUUACAUUCCCGUUCCGCGGAUCGAAUACUCGGAUCACCAGGCCGACGUCGUCAUUGAGAACCUUGUUCUCGAGAGCGACAACUUCAUGCCCAACGUCUUGGAAAUUGCUAGCGAGAAUUACAUGCGCUUCGGCCGCAAGAAGGUCGCCAGCAGCAGCAAGCACUCGGUUGAUGUCAAAGUGGCCGGGAUCCAGAUGGACCUUCGUGAUGUCAGCUACUACAUCAAGCGCAAGCAAGGCUUCCCUGCCAUCACGGACCAGGGCGUGGCCGAUUUUCUGCUGGCUGGCGACGGUUUCACUUUCCGCUUGAAGCUGUCUACGCCAGACAAGAAGGACAGAAACUCUUUCUUCAAGAUUGACAAGGUGGACGUCUCCGUCAAAAAUUUCAACAUCAAGCUCGUCAAGUCCAAGCACAAGAUGCUGUUCGGACUGUUCAAGCCAAUCAUGCUCAAGGUCCUGCGCCCCGGCUUGGAGAAGGCGUUGGAAAAGGCUAUCAAAGACCAGGCCGCGAAGGUGGAUUCCUAUCUCUUUGAAAUCAAGCAGGAAGCCGACCGUGCCCUAGAGCAAGCCCGCGAGGACCCCGACCACAUCCCCAACAUCUACAACCGCUACCUCACCGCCGCGCAGAAACGCAUGCUGCAGGGCAAGCAGAAGGCCCAGGAGGUUGCGGCCGACAAGAAGGUUAACUACGCCAUCACCAAGGAGGACAGCAUGUUCCCCAACAUCCACCUGCCCGGCGGCAUUAGCACCAAGGCCACCGAGUACAAGGAGCUCGCCCGCAAGGGCGACAAGUGGGAGAGCCCCGUCUUUUCGAUCGGGUCUGCCGCAAAGAGCUCUGACAUCCCGCCCGCGCCCAAGGUCGUGCGCAAACCACACCGGACUGCCCAGCCUGGCGAGCGUCGUCAGGAUAAUGGCCCUCUUACGGGCCCCGGUGGUGCUCCGAUGAUUGGCCAUCAUGCCAACGGCAAUGGCGGCGCCGUCAACGGGAGCGCUCUUGAUCCCAUGGGCGCCCAUCACACCGGCGCUCCUCUGAAUGGGAACAACACGGUGAACGGCGGCGCCAAGCAUCAUCUGCCUGCCUUUGACCCGGCUGCUCCGUCUGCUUAUUAGAAUGGGUCAGGGGCACUUGUGAGAGGGAAAUGACGAGGAUGUGGAAUAUAAUACCCUGGGUUCUGUCUGAUUAGUUUCAUACCAUCUUCCAUUAUGAGGUCGGUUGCAUUGUGUAACACAGACCCAUGCUUUACAAUAAUGCCACAUUCCUGUGAAUUUGUGUACUGUUCUCGGGAGCCAAAUUAAAACAUCACUCAAUACCUGGAAGCAUGCCAUGCCGAGUUCCAAGUCGACGAGAAGGAGGGAUGAACAAAGCUCUUCGGGAUAGGGUACUUGAGUGACGUCGACUCAGCCUGGGG